UCCACUUGUCAGCCAAUCCAAGCCAUCCAACUCACUUCCCAUACUCCUUCCACCUUAUCCUCCCUCCUAUCUCUCCACUGAUAAUUAAUCUCAUCUCUUUCCCAUAUGAUCCUCAGAAUGUAAACCUACGCACCAUCGCACAAGCUCCAUCCACACUCUGUGAGAAGGAGAUCGAGAGAGGGAGAGAAAUGCCGCUCACGAUACCCACAAACCUCUCCAAUCCCAUCAACAUUACUAACACCAAACCAAAGCCCAACCUGAUCAUCUGCUCCCAUCAACCUACCCCAAAGUCAAAAUCAACUUCAGCAGGUAACCCGUCAUGCACUGAUUUCGCGGAUAAAGUAGCGUCGGCCGGAAAGGCACUGUCGACGGCGCUGGCGCUGUCGUCGAUCUUAGUGUGGGCCCCAACGCUACCGGCGACUGCGGACAUCGCUGGGCUGACGCCGUGCAAGGAAUCGAAGCAGUUCGCGAAGCGGGAGAAGCAGCAGCUGAAAAAGCUGGAGUCGUCCCUGAAGCUGUACGAGGCAGACAGCGCGCCGGCGCUGGCGAUAAAGGCGACUAUGGAGAAGACGAAGCGGAGGUUCGACAACUACGGGAAGCAGGGGCUUCUGUGCGGGUCGGACGGGCUGCCUCACCUGAUCGUAAGCGGUGACCAGAGACACUGGGGUGAGUUUAUCACGCCGGGGAUUCUGUUCCUGUACAUCGCGGGGUGGAUCGGGUGGGUAGGGCGGAGCUACCUAAUCGCCAUCAGGGACGAGAAGAAACCCGCCAUGAAGGAGGUCAUCAUCGACGUGCCCUUGGCCAGCAGGCUUCUUUUCAGAGGCUUCAUCUGGCCUGUCGCCGCCUACAGAGAAUUUGUCAACGGUGAACUUGUCGACAGCACCGUUUGAUUAAUUACAAGUAUUUAUGCCCCUAUAUAUAUGUCAGGUAAGAUUUUCAAUCAAUCUCACGGGAAUGGGAGAGGAUGGAUGGGAGCAGUUGAAAUUUUAAUUUGUUGUGUUUAUUGUUCAAUUAAUAUAUCAUAUUCGCAAACUUCGCUUCCGUGUGUAAUGGUAUUUACGUAGCUAGCUUGAUCUUGUAUUGAACAUUAAUUUAUUAAAGUGAUUCACUUUGAAUU